AUGUCUUCCAAGAACUACAACCUUCGCAGCGGCAUCAACUCGGCCGAUGAGCAGCUCAUCCCGGAGCUUCAGGAGUCGAUCAUUCCUGAGCCCCAUUCGUCAAGCCAUCAGAAGAGCCAACAGAUUGGUGUGGACUCGGACCGACAGGCGUCGGAUACUGAUAACGUGUCAUGGGGUAACCAGCCGGGCCAGUACAGCGCCCCAGAGACCAACCCCAACCCCAGGGGAGCAUAUCACUUCACUGAGGACCAGCUUGCUCACCCACUGGAUCGCGAGUAUGAGAAGUAG